ACACCCCACACCACCUCCACCACUACCACCACCGCCACCAAAGUAACCCUCUGCCUCUGAUUCUGCUUCCGCCUCCGCCUGAGAAGAGCUGAACAGAACAGCCUUUCUCAUCCUUUGCUACCCUAACCUUUCUCGCUCAAAACUGCUGCUCCCCCAUUUCCUCCAGUUUUUGCAUGGCAGUGACCUUACUGGCGCAUGGGGUAUCUGACCUCUGUCUCGGCAAGCCAGCGCUGAGGUCCCUCUCGGUCACCACUACCAUUGCUGAUGCACUUGAGGUCCUGAGAAACUCGGACGACAACUCUGUCAGCAUUUGGGGUUGCAAACACAAGGCCGGCUUUGGCUCUGGCGCCGCCACCGCCACCGCCACCGCCGACGACGACGACGACGACUGCCGGUGUAUAGGCAAAAUUUCCAUAGUGGAUGUAAUCUGUUACCUUUGUAAAGAAGAAAGCCUCAAAUCACCAUCUGCUGCUCUGAACGCGCCGGUCUCUGUUCUCCUGCCGGAAAUUUCCGGCCUUGUUAUGCACGUGGAACCAUCCUGCAGUUUGUUGGAAGCCAUUGAUUUCAUACUAAAAGGAGCACAGAAUCUGGUAGUUCCCAUCAAAACCAGGCUGAGUAGCCGGAAGAAGCAGCACCAGAAGCCGUCGGCAACCGCUACCAUCCACGGCGGCCGUGAAUUUUGCUGGCUAACCCAAGAAGACGUGAUCCGGUUCUUACUGAGUUCAAUCGGGCUUUUCUCCCCAAUCCCGGCCCUCUCCAUCGAAUCUCUCGGCAUCAUUAGCCCCGACGUCACCACCAUCGACUACCACUCCCCUGCCUCCGCUGCUGUACCAGCCAUUGCCCGCUCUCUGGCGGACCAAACCUCUGUCGCCGUGGUGGAUUCUGAUGGGACUCUGAUCGGCGAGAUCUCCCCCUACACGCUAGCCUGUUGCGACGAGACGGUCGCGGGAGCCCUCACCACUCUCUCCGCCGGGGAUCUCAUGGCCUACAUUGACUGCGGUGGGCCACCGGAGGACCUCGUCCGGGUUGUCACCGCUAGGCUGAAGGAGAGAAACCUAAACGGAAUGCUGGACUACUUCACCACCUCACUCUCUUCCACCACAUUAUCCUCCUCUUCAUCCGAUGAAGAGUCUACCGGUCGGGUUUCCCCUCUAGGCAGAUCACUACGGCACAGUAGGUCAAUGAGUUACUCAGCCAGGAUGGUCCGGCGGGCAGAGGCCAUAGUCUGCCACCCCAAGAGUUCCCUGGUUGCUGUGAUGAUUCAGGCAAUUGCACACAGAGUCAACUACGUUUGGGUGAUAGAAGAGGACUGUAGCUUGGUCGGAAUCGUCACUUUCUCCGACAUGUUAAGGGUUUUCCGGGAACAUUUAGAGGCCAUGGCCUAAAAAAGGAUGAGAAGCUUUUGUUAUUUAAUUUCAUGGGGGGGUUUUUUGCUUGUCAUCUGUUGGUGUUGAGCUUUUAGAUGCUGCUAACAAGGGUGAAAAGAAAACAGAGGAUAGCUAGUUGCAGCAGAAAUAAGGUUAAUUUCAGGAAACUUGUGUGAAUAUGGAGUUCUUUUUUUUCUGGGUUUUUCUUUUUGAUUUUGUUUGGGAAAGUGGAAUGGAAUGAAGGGUUUGCUAUCUG